GCUUGUCGUUGUAAAUGGUCUAUAUUUGAUUUAGAUCGAAAAGAGAAGGACGCUUGUACAUGCCACUGCGCACGAUGUUGUUUCUCUAAGGCAGCUAUUCUUCCGGUAAAGGAUUAUAACAUUUUUGGUUGUGGAUCAUGGAACAAAGAAAACGCGAGGCACGGAGGAUGACACGGCUGUGGGUCUGCUUCGUGGUUGCUACGCUUUUGUGGAGCGUUGCCUCGGCGCAGAUACGAUAUUCCAUCUCUGAGGAAGUCAAGGAAGGGGCAGUAGUUGGGAAUGUUGCAAAAGAUCUGGGAUUAGAUAAAAGCACGUUGAAAGACAGGAAGUAUCGGAUUGUAUCUGGUGCAGCGGAUCCUCUUUUCCAUGUAAACCAAAACGAUGGCAUCCUGUAUGUGAGCCGAAAGCUGGACAGAGAAGAGGUGUGCGAGCGGAGCAGUACGUGUUUGCUUAAUCUGAAAACAGUGUUAGAAAACCCGCUGGAAGUCCAUUAUGUUGGAGUUGAAGUUUUGGAUGUAAAUGAUCAUUCCCCCAGCUUUCCGGAGACGGAGAAAACGUUAGAAAUUUCAGAAUCUGUGACAAGUGGAAAAAGCUUUCAGUUACAAGCCGCACGAGAUCCAGACAGUGGUCAUUUUUCUGUGCAGCAGUAUAAACUGAGCCCAAAUGACCAUUUCCGUUUGGAAGUUAAGGAUAAGGGUGAAGAUGGUAAAAUACCCAUUUUAAUUGUGCAAAAAUCUUUGGAUAGAGAGGUAGCGGGAAGCCACUCAUUGGUGCUGACCGCACUGGAUGGAGGGAAACCUCCGAAAUCUGGCGAAAUGAAUAUUUUAGUAAAUGUUUUAGAUGUUAAUGAUAACGCACCUGUGUUUACUAGAGAUGCUUAUUCUGUGAUGCUUGAUGAAAAUGCUCCUGUAGGCACAACAGUCGUACAAGUGAAUGCAACUGAUUUAGAUGAAGGACCAAACGGAGAAGUGGUUUACUCGUUUAGCAACAGUGUAAAUCGUAGAAUAUUUAAACUGUUUGACAUAAACCAAUCAACAGGUGAGAUAAUCGUGAAAGGUCCAAUUGACUACGAGCACAAGGAUAAAUAUGAAAUUGAAAUACAGGCAUCUGAUAAAGGUCUCGCUCCUUUAACAACUGAAAAAAAUGUGGUCAUUAAGAUACGUGACGUCAAUGAUAAUGCACCUGAGAUUGAAGUUACCUCAUUUUCAAACUCAAUUCCUGAAGACUCCAGACCUGGAACUACAGUUGCCCUGAUCAGUGUAAAUGACUUGGACUCUGGGCUCAAUGGAAAAGUUAUAUGUUUUCUGAGUGAGGACGUUCCUUUCACGUUAUCUCCAUCCUUGCAAGAAAAAAUGUAUUCCUUAGUGACCAAGUCGCCUCUGGACAAGGAGAAACAGUCACAUUAUGCCCUAACGGUAAUUGCAAAGGAUUCUGGUCAACCAUCAUUAUCAUCUGAAAACACAAUAAAUGUUGUUGUAUCAGAUGUGAAUGACAACAGGCCAGAGUUUAUAAUGAGCCCAUAUACUUUCUAUGUCACUGAGGGUAACGAAGCAGGAGCCUCAGUGUUUUCUGUUAAAGCUUUUGAUCGUGAUGAGAACAACAAUGCACUUAUAUCCUAUCAUAUUCUCAGAGAUGGAGGCGAAGACAAUAAAUUAACCUCAUUUUUAAAUAUUAACUCUGAAACUGGAGAUAUUUUGGCGCUGAAAAGUUUUGACUUUGAAACAGUGAAAACUUUCCAGUUCCAAGUUGUUGCCACAGAUUCAGGAACUCCGUCACUAAGCAACAACGUGACAGUGAACGUGUUCAUUCUGGAUCAGAACGACAACGCUCCAGUCAUCCUGUAUCCAGUCAGCUCCAACGGUUCUGCUGAAGGUGUGGAGGAGAUUCCCCGCAAUGUCAACGCAGGACACUUGGUGACUAAAGUCAGAGCCUAUGACGCUGAUAUAGGAUAUAACGGCUGGUUACUCUUUUCACUGCAGGAAGUCACUGACCACAGUCUCUUUGCUUUGGACCGCUAUACAGGACAGAUCAGAACACUUCGCUCAUUCACAGAGACAGACGAGGCUGAGCAUAAACUGCUCAUACUGGUCAAAGACAAUGGCAACGUUUCACUCUCAGCAACAGCUACUGUCAUUGUCAAACUUGUGGAGCCCAGAGAGGCUUUUGCAGCUUCUGAUGUUAAAAGUGCAACUAAAGUUGACGAGGAGGACAAUGUGACAUUUUACCUCAUGAUAACUUUGGGCUCAGUUUCUCUACUUUUUAUCAUCAGUAUCAUCGUGCUGAUUGCAAUGCAGUGCUCCAAAUCCACAGACUAUACUUCCAAAUAUCUACAAGAGGCUAAUUAUGAUGGGACACUGUGUCACAGCAUCCAGUACAGAUCUGGAGACAAACGCUACAUGUUAGUUGGACCCAGGAUGAGUAUAGGAUCUACUAUAGUCCCUGGCAGCCAUGCCAACACACUAGUGCUCCCUGACAGGAGGAGGGGAUCUGGAGAGGUAAGGCAUAUUUGAGUGCAAACUUUACGCGGACUAAUUGCUUUUCUUGUUUACUAUACAUUUCAGCUAUGCCUUCCUGGGUAAUGUUUUGCACAGUACAGCACUGGAUGU